AUGGCAGUAGAAGAUCAAGAAGAAAGAACGCCUGAGACCACAAGCCAUUCAGAACCAAGUACGUCUAAUGCGGGAAAACCUGCAGUGCCGCUGAAUGCACCAUUCCCUAGACGGUUGAUAAAGAAGAAUGAUGAACAACAAUUCAAGCGCUUUCUUGAGCUCCUGAGGAAAUUGCAUAUCGACAUUCCACUUAUAGAGGCCUUGGAGCAAAUGCCAAAAUAUGUAAAUUUUUUUAAGGAUAUUUUGACGAAGAAAAGGAGAGUCAGCGAGACGGAGGAGGAUGUGGGACAUGCAUUGUGCGAUUUGGGAGCCAGCAUUAAUCUCAUGCCACUCUCAAUCUUUAAGAAACUGGGAAUUGGUAUAGCACAACCCACUUCUGUUACUCUUCAACUUGCUGACAGAACAAUCAAGUACCCAAAAGGAAAGAUUGAAGACGUUAUGGUAAAGGUUGACAUCUUCAUAUUCCCAGCAGAUUUUAUCAUCUUGGACUAUGAAGCAGAUAAUGAGAUGCUGAAAAAGCACAUGUGUGCAAUAGGUUGGACGCUAGCGAAUAUCCGUGGCAUCAACCCAUCUUAUUGCAUGCAUAAGAUCAGGCUGGAAGAAGGGAAGUCGAGAUUGAUUGAGCCUCAAAGAAGGCUGAACCCCAUAAUAAAGGAAGUGGUCAAGAAAGAAAUCUUAAAAUGGCUGGACGCGGGAGUGAUCUAUCCUAUAUCCGACAGUAGCUGGAUUUUGAUUGACCCAGAAGAUCAGGAGAAUACAACAUUUACCUGUCCCUUUGGAAUGUUUGCGUUCAGACGCAUGCCCUUUAGGCUGUGUAACGCACCUGGAACAUUCCAAAGGUGCAUGGUGGCUAUUUUCUCUAACUUCUUGGAGAAGACCGUUGAAGUCUUCAUGGACGAUUUCUCAGUCUUUGGAGACUCAUUCCAAUCAUACUUAGAUAAUUUGGAGGCCGUCUUUGCUCGUUGCGAGGAAACGAACCUUGUGCUGAAUUGGGAAAAAUGUCACUUCAUGGUGACUGAAGGAAUUGUCUUAGGCCACAAAGUAUCUAAAGCUGGAUUGGAAGUUGAUGAAGCCAAGAUAGUUGUCAUAACUAAACUUCUACCACCAUCAAAUGUUAAAGCUCUACGAAGUUUUCUAAGGCAUGCUGGCUUCUAUCGAAGGUUCGUUAGAGGAUUUUCUCAAAUUGCGUGA